AUGACGACCUCUAUUGAAGAAGAAACUAUCCGCAUUGCACUUAAGGACUCCGACUACGGACGCAUCCUUAAGACGAUUGAGAACAACGCGUUCAGCGAGACCGCUAUUCUCACCCCUAUGUACUCCCAAGUGAUCGACGACAUCCUUGGUGAGCAAGAUGCCAGACUCGGUGCAGGGACAUCCCUUGCUGUCUGCAUUAUCCGUACCACGAAGCUACUGGAAGACGUAGCCAAUCGUGAUGACCUCGAUGAAGGCACGAAGAAACUUGCCGUGCUUCAUUUACAGAAAAGGAUUCGCGUACUCGCGCUUCACCUCCUUCCGCUCGACUUCCCAGACAUCGCGAACCAAGCUGUCAGAACAGUCGAGGCAAGGCCUCAUGUUGAAGAAAGAUCCAGACCAGUGCGCCCGCUGAGACGAAAGGCGGCCACUAUAGAUCGUACCCGUACCACGCUCUGCAAGCGUUGCGGAGGAUACGGACACACAUUUAGAAAGUGUCCAGAUUAUGUUUGUUGCGUCUGCGACGAACUAGGACCCGACCACCUGUCGGUCCACUGCCCUCAGCUCAAUGGACGCAUCGUACUCCAAGAGUUUAGAGAUGAAGAGAAGUUUUUCGAAGCUCUCUUAGAUUGGGAGCAUAACCAUAAAGCGCUUGCGGACCUCACGCUUAGACACCCAGCACCGCCUUCGCCCGAACCAGAAACUCCCCCCGUACCAGCCGUCUCCACGCCUACGACACCCCCGACGAUGGAAGCUGACGAAGAACACAGGAUACUCAAAGUCGCUGUUGGGACAAGUCCAGCGUCUCAAGACACCAACACCCAAAGGAAAAAAUAUCCAGGCUUGAAACUCACCUUCAAGGAUGGUGUGAACGCCAGUCGAAAAGUGUCCAAUAAUGAUGUAGCAUCCUUAAGUGAAACACGUGUUGGAAGCGCCGUUGAUAAUGGGAAAUUCCGGAAGUCGCUGGGAUCUGAAUCAUCCAAGCUUGCAGAGGGAGCGGGAGUAGGGAAGUGGGCCAGAGGUGUGGUGUCCAAGUCCCAAGUGAAGCCUUCUGCGCCACCAAGUGCACGUGCCAGCGUGAUCGCACACAAUUAUGCAGAAGGAUUCGAAGACGACGACCCACCUGAAGAUCAUGACGAUAGCAUACCUACGAGUUGGGGUGGGCUGACCACUGAUGAACCGAGGGGACGAAAACGUGGAUUAUCCACGGCCUUGACAGACGACCUUGAACCCGAAGAGCAGCGUGAAAUGGAGGAAGACCAAGAUGCUGAUGAAGAUGUUCAGGAGGAUGUCGACAUGACGGAUCAGCAGGGUGACAUUGAGAUGUCAGUUAGUGUUAUGGAGAUCGCAACAGACGACCAGACACCUAAGUACAUCAAAACUGAAAAUGGAUCCAAUAUCCAUGGACUAUCUAUCCUGGAGCAGAAGUUUUCAGACAUUCUCGACGAUAUCUCCCUGGUGGUGGAUCCCACUGCUGGAAACUUUCAGUAUGAUGAUGGCUGCAAUCUCGCCUUCACUCUUGUAUCUCAAAGGAUCUCUGAGUGGAGAGGAAAUUUUGGCUCCACUGCUAUCAGCAUCCUCAUGACAUUUUUUGCCUCGACAGAUGAAUACAACACUAAGGAGGCACAGAAAGCAUACACCGAAUAUCAACUCGAAGAUUCACGCUUUGUGUAUGAAGACCCGGAUAGUGAAGACUUGCCUGGAGCUUUCUUAUCAGAAUUCAUUUUGCACAUCUUCGCUGUUCAACUCAACGCCACCCAAGGAUGCCAGAUAAUUGACUUGCUUGACUUCGAGUUACCUGGACAUGCAACAGCCCUUGCACUGACCACCGCAGCCAUGAGUUUUGCAUCGCCUUUACAAAAGUUACUAAUUUAUCAUUUGCAGGCCGAGUGUGCACUUAUUUUAGCUCGCAACGACCUCAUUGUGGAAGAUACUUCGGACCAAGGGAAACACAAGGUCAUGUUGACGCUCAACCACGCCACCAACAAAAUGAGUAACACAGGCACUGCUUUUUCUUUGGGCAAUUGGGAGACUGAUAUGAUCACAUACAUGGAGUGA